GACAGGAGGGAAGGAUAGACCAUGAGGGCAGGGGACAAGGAGGAAAAAGAGUUUCACAGGAAAACAAGUCCCAGCAGCAUAUCGAUUGGUCCCGUGUACAUGUAUUUUGCUCAGCCGCGGCGAGCGUAACCUUGACAACCGUUAAAAAGUUUGAAGAGGAGAGCGAGACCAAGAGAAAGGGAGAGAGAAAGAGGAAGUGAGAGAGAAUGAAAUGUGCCUUGACUUCAGGGGAAGACCGUCACACUGGAGGAAGAAUGCCGUUCACUUUUCGGAUUAAAAACGAAUGCUUCCGCAUGGUGUUGGCAGAAAUGCUCAGCACCUAUGUCAUGAUGACGUUCGGCCUGGGCACGGUGGCACAGGUGGUCACAGGGGAGGGGCUGUUUGGGGGCUACCUGAGCAUCAACCUGGGCUUCGCACUUGGAGUGGCUAUGGGAGUGCACAUCGCCGGCAAGGUGUCAGGUAUGCCCCGCUCACAGGUGCCCACAUGAAUGCGGCGGUCUCCUUCACCAUGUGCCUGUUCGGCCGGCUUGCUUGGCGGAUGUUCCCAGUUUACGUCGCCGCUCAGAUGCUGGGCUCCUUCAUGGCGGCCGGGACUGUCUUCUCCCUUUACUACGAUGCCUUGGUUCAUUACUGCGGGGGCAAUUUCACCGUCUCCGGUCCCAGGGCCACAGCAGGGAUCUUUGCUACCUACCCCGCCCCCUACCUCUCCAUACCUGCAGGCUUCCUAGACCAGGUCGUGGGUACCGCCAUGCUGCUCCUGUGCCUCAUGGCGUUGUCGGACCAGAGGAACCAGCCGGCCCAGUCAGGAGCAGAGCCCAUCGCCGUGGGGCUGCUGGUUCUGCUCAUCGGCGUCUCCAUGGGGAGCAACAGCGGCUACGCCAUCAACCCGUCCCGCGACCUGCCCCCGCGAAUCUUCACCGCCCUGGCUGGCUGGGGCCCGGAGGUGUUCAGGGCGGGACACAGCUGGUGGUGGGUGCCCCUGCUUGCUCCCCUCAUCGGGGGCGUGAUGGGGGCAGCGGUCUACAAGCUGUUCAUCGAGCUGCACCACCCGCCCCUGCCCAGGCUCUACAUGGCCCCGCCCGCAGACACGGAGCUGGAGAAGACUGGCACCGCGGAGGUGUGCGUGACCCAGGCCUAGCCCCGCCCUGCCCCCUCCCUGCACCAAUGGCGGAGCCAGGAGAGGAGGCCUAGGCUCCGCCCCCUCUGAAGGGGCUGCUGCAUUGUUUGCUUUGUGAGACUGUGCUACCGGCGUCUGCAUGGGCCCACGGCUGCAGCACUGCACCUGCUAUCCCCCCCGACGCUCAACCCAACCGCGCUCAGUACCUGCACAACCUUUAUUUACACAGGAAAAAUGUGAACAAAUGUAAAGUUUGUGUUAUAAAUAACUAUGAAAUGAAGGACAUGGAGGGGGGUCAACGGUAACGGCCAAACCAAACAGUUUCCUGGACGGGCCCGGCCUUGAUCAUAGACUUAAUUAUGAACAUCGGUGUCCCCGGAAAAUUGGGAUUCGCGGAUCCAUUCAGGGUUACGUUAAACUGGGUUUGGUGUGGAUUUACAUUGGAAUAUACACUGAAAACGUAUGCAAACACUAAAUAGUGUUACACAAAGCUUCCUUCUGACUGAAAGGGGAGCAGGAAGUGCAGUGUGCUGAUUGGCCAAUGAGGAACGGUGAUGUCACAGUCAGCUUCCUUUGAGAGAAGUGUCAGCAGGAGAGGGCCACCCACAGCGAGAAACAGGGUUUAAUAAGUACAUAUACUAUUCCCAACAGCCCUAUGGAAAUACGCUACGCUGGCCUGAAAUAAAUACACUCAUGCAGUACAUAGAGUAGGGCUUCAGUGUGAGGGAGGGUCUGGCUUUGCCAAAGAAAACACAGGCAUGCACGCACACACACACACACACACACACACACACACACACUCAGCUGCCAAAAACAUCAGGGGAAGCAGUCUGGCAGGACUGCUCUUAGCUCUUAUUGGAGUUCAUUACAAGGAAGCCAGCAUGGGGGGCGGGGCUCUGAGUGUCUCCCUGGAAACGGCAGCGCAGGGGGGUGUGGUUCCGUCACCGCCGCGUUCCGCUCAGUCGCGCCUUUGGGAUGCCCCCGCCCCCCCCGGUCUGGGCCGGGGACUUCUUCUUGGGCUGGGGGGGCUUCACCUUUCCCCGGAAGGCCUUGCUGGGGUCCAGCCUGUUGAGGAUGGGCUCCCCGUUGGGGUCCACAUGGGGGUCGCUAUGGGACGUCAGGGGCCGGUAGAGACACGCCCACUGCUGUAAGGAGACAGAGAGCAGAUAUGAGUCUCUGUACACCUGGACGCUGACUCUCUGUACACCUGGACGCUCUGACUCUCUGUACACCUGGACGCUGACUCUCUGUACACCUGGACCCUGACCCUCUGUACACCUGGAUGCUCUGACUCUCUGUACACCUGGAUGCUCUGACUCUCUGUACACCUGGACCCUGACUCUCUGUACACCUGGAUGCUCUGACUCUCUGUACACCUGGACGCUCUGACUCUCUGUACACCUGGACGCUGACUCUCUGUACACCUGGACGCUCUGACUCUCUGUACACCUGGACCCUGACUCUCUGUACACCUGGAUGCUCUGACUCUCUGUACACCUGGACGCUCUGACUCUCUGUACACCUGGACGCGGACUCUCUGUACACCUGGAUGCUCUGACUCUCUGUACACCUGGACGCUGACUCUCUGUACACCUGGACGCUGACUCUCUGUACACCUGGAUGCUCUGACUCUCUGUACACCUUCAGUAACAGUUUUCUGGAUAAAAAGCCCACAACCCCCGCUUGGAUCAACAGUGUCAAGGUUCAGACGCAAUCUAAACAGACACAUUGCAAUAUGGACCAAAAUCUCAAUGCCAUGCACUACCUGGGCUGCACCACUAGGGCUCUACCAAUUAAACCUUUGAUUCCUUUCAGCUGGAAAACUGUCCAAGAAAUGUGUUGUUGUUGCUGCAGGUUUUGGUGCCACUAGAAAAAGAUAAGCCUAAAGGUUAUUCCGGUUCUUAUCUUCUUCCAAGAACAAUCACCCAAGUCAAUCACCUUAAUUAACAGAGACAGCUUCUGCUUAAACAAGUUUAGGAUAGCCGUCUCGGUUAAUUAAACUGAAUAACUUGGACAAAUGCUCUAGGCCCUUCAACAAUUAAUCAGAGGAACAAAUGAUUCAUUUUAAUUACAAAUGUAGCUGCAGGCCAUCAUUCCAAGUGGGAAAUGGCCACAGUCAUUAGCAAGUUAGCAUUAGGACCUUAUUAUUACAUCGAGAUGAAAAAGAAAUGACAUGGCAAUUUCUGCACUAAUAGGAAUGAAAAUAAAUUCAUUUCAAGUAUCACUAAACUUUUGUCAUUUAUAAAAAUUGUGCAACAACAGCAUAAUUAACAACUGUGCAGAGUGUGUUUGUUAUAAAGGGUCAAAUGCAUGGGGAAAAGCAUUUACAAUGGCAAGAUAAACUCUGUGAGAUGCUAUCUGCUGAAUGUAGUGUGAAAACUCAACAAAGAGUUUCCAUGAGUUUCAAAUAAAUGUCUUUUAUUGCCAAUUCUUGCUGGAA